CACCACAGCAGCACUUCUUCCGUUACCUUUUUUUGCUUAUAUACGACGUGUGUGACGUACAGCUACACAGCAUAUCCCUAAGCAGACGUUAUUGUCUAGAAAAACGCGAGCUGCUGGCAACUGGAGUUUGCCUUGUAAUCUCGAGAUGCUGACAACCAAAGAGUUCCGCCAACUCUUCUUGGAGAUCGUGGGCUUGGGGACCAACCAAAGAAAAGCCAACAUGGUGUCUGGUGGAAUGUCCUGCGUGAAGUAUUUACUCUUCACAUUCAACCUGUUGUUUGUGAUUUCUGGUAUAGUAAUUGUAUCAGUUGGUGCACUUGCUCUAAGUAAUUUUUCAUCUUAUGAUACCUUCUUUGGUGGGAGUGUCAUUGCGGGACCUGUGCUGCUGCUUAUUGUUGGAAUCAUAGUUUUUAUAGUUGCAUUUUUUGGUUGUUGUGGAGCGCUGAAGGAAAAUCAUUGUAUGGUAGUUACAUUUUCAGUGCUACUUUUGAUCAUCUUUGCCAUGGAACUAGGAGGGGGCAUAGCGGGUUAUGUCUUGAAGGAUGUUUUGAAAGAUGAUCUAGAUACUCAGUUGAACAGCACACUUUACAAAUAUGAAAGUAACGAAGAUAUUAAAAAGGCGUGGGACAUCAUGCAAACAGAUCUAAACUGCUGUGGCAUCAAUGGUCCUGAUGACUGGAAUAAGGCAGGGCUGAAGGUUCCUGCCUCGUGCUGCCCCAGCUAUGAUCUUAAUGAGAUGUGCGCAUCCAAGCAGUACGACAAAGGUUGCAUGGACGCACUAGAAAAAUUAAUCAGUCACCAUGCUGUAGUACUUGGCGGCGUUGGCAUAGGAAUUGCAUUUGUUCAGCUGGUUGGUGUAAUCCUAGCAUGCUGCUUGGCCAAGUCAAUUCGAAAAGAAUACGAGACAGUAUAAAGCGGUGGUGUACCUUAUGUACUUGUUCAUUUUUUUGUUUGUUUUUGCGAUUGUCAAUUUGUGUGCAUAUAAGGAUUUUCUAAGUUUUGUGGCAUCUUUAAGGUAGUGCUUUGGAAGUUAAAUGAAUCUCAUUUUGUGGAUCUGUAACUGAAAUACGUGCAGCCUGAAUGGUUGUAAUUUGUGUAAGCACUGCUACUUUAUAAGACUGUAAUUUACAUUUCUUUAGUAAUGUUUAGGAUGUAUAAGCAUUUACAGACAUCUUACAUGUGUAUCUUCUCAUUAGCCAUGUCUUAUUUUAUAUGCAGUGUUAUAUUUUUGACAGUAUUUCCAAUUGACUCCUUUAUUAAUUUUAAUUGAAAGUUGUAAUACCUGUAGAAACAGGAUUCACAGUUUAUUGUGUGUUCAGUGUUAAUGUGCUGUUUUCACAAAAUUUAAAAUAAAUCUCAGAUUUCUAUA